GUACUUAAAGACCUUAAUUGGAUAAAUAGUGAACAACAUUUGGAAUUAGGUCCUGCGAAACGAACGUUUUUUGUUGAACAACUUGAAAAGGAUGUCAAUUUGCUUCAAAAAUUGAAUAUCAUGGAUUACAGUCUUCUAGUUGGAUUGCAUGAUACCUCUCGCGGAAAUAGGGAUAAUAUUCGUGAAGAUUUCUUUCCUGAUACUAAGAAAAUCGAACGUACUCCUUCAAGUCAUAAACGAGAAAGUAAGGCAUCGAAAUUGCGUAGAGCAGUAGGUGAAGCCGAUCCGGUAAAAUUAGGCCCGUCAACCACGAAACUAGUUUUGAAUAACGAACGAAGAAAUUGCAUAUUUUACGCGGAUGACGGUGGAUUCGCUGGUACCGAUGAACAUAACCGUCCCACAAAUUAUAUUUAUUAUUUAGGUGUUAUUGACAUUUUAACUCCAUAUAAUGCGGUUAAGAAAUUUGAACAUGCAUUUAAAUCCGUCAAUCAUGAUAAG